AUCAAUGUCGUAAAUCGCACGCGUUUCUUCGAGUGUCGAUAAGAUAUUCGCAAGGCGAAAUCUUCGAGGUAACAACAAAUAGUUUCUUUAGCGCAACCUGAGUGCUCAAAUGUGCACAAUAAAUAACUUUGGGGAGCUUAGCUGGGUUUGCCAUAAAAGUGCAAGUUCGUCGCUGGACAACUGUCAGUUGUGAACAUGUUGCUCCAGGGAAUACUCUCAGUGCUUUUGAUCGCUGUCGUCGGUUGCCAGGCGGCGCCCAGCAUCGAUGGACGUGUGGUUGGUGGUGUGGAUGCCACUCAGGCGCAAUUCCCGCAUCAAAUAUCGCUGAGGAACAGCGGUUCACACAGUUGCGGUGGCUCGAUCCUCUCCAGAUACUGGGUGCUCACCGCUGCCCAUUGCGUGAGCAAUACGUAUGAGAAUGGCACCGUUGUCGUCUAUCCCGCCAGCAAUCUCAACAUUCGCGCCGGCACCAACGAUCGCUUCAGUGGCGGAGUUUUGGUUCAAGUCGUUGAGAUCAUUGUGCAUGAGAAUUAUGGCAAUUUCCUCAACGAUUUGGCUGUGAUGCGGGUGGAGACUCCGUUCAUCUUCUCAGAGAACAUUCAACCCAUUUCAUUGCCCAGCGAGAAUACGCCAGCGAAUGCGGACAUCAUCAUAUCCGGCUGGGGUCGUCUCAGUGCUGGCGGUGAUCUGCCACGUUAUCUGCAGUGGAACACCUUGACAUCGAUGACGCUGGAAGCCUGCAAUGCUAGCAUCGGUUAUGGCUAUGAGAACAUGUUGUGCCUCUUGCAUCCGGCCAACAAUGGCGCCUGCAACGGCGACUCUGGUGGUCCGGCCCAUUACAAUGGCGAGGUUGUGGGCAUCGCUGGCUUCGUCUACGGCGGCUGCGGUAAUGUCUAUCCCGAUGGCUAUGCUCGUGUCUACUACUUCAACGACUGGAUUAGGGCACACACCGAUCUUUAGAAAAGGAGCUCAUGAAGUUUUCAUUAGUUGGAAUAAACUUUUUUUUUACCAUUUAAA